AUGGUGGCGCAUGUAGAGCUAACCUUUUACCAGGAUCAAAUCCGAAGCAUCAAUGAAGAGAGCGCCGAAGACGUCAAUGCUUGGUUCAACAAUGCGAGGUCAAUACAGGACGACAUAGCUCGGUCCAAAAGGCUUGCCAACGACAUCGUCAAGCGCUCGGAAAACCCCGAUGUCUCCGGCAAGUCUGUAGAAGAAGCAGAAGAGAAGGCCGCAUUUAUUGUCAGGGAGUUGGACUAUAAUUACCAGAUUCAACAAGUCUUGAGGGGCCUGCGAACCGUGAACAAGACCCUUGACGAGGUAGAAGAAGCAUCGAGCCAGCGGCGCAUCCUUGACGCCCUUCACCUGCUGGAACGGUCAUGGACGGAACUCGACUCUAUAUCGGCUAGCAAGUCAUGCCGGGCCAUGAAAUUACUCGACAUCCGCGCCUUCGAACUCAAAUCAGACGUUCACGAAGUCUUUGAGCGGGUCUGGAAGGCUUUGGUACACGUCGACUUGGAACAGAAGACGUUGACGGUCACCCAGUCACGAGAUGGUGAGCCUAUGAGUCUACCCGAUGCCGUCAUUGGGCUGAAGGCCUACAAGGAGGUCGAUCAACGGAUGGCUCUGCUCUGGCAUGAUCUCGACACUGCCAUUAUUGGACCUAGGACUAAUCUGGCUGGGCCUCGGCUGCCGACCAUCCACGUCAACGACACGAUUUUGAAAGCCACCGGCGAGACGGAUAGAAGCAUAACGUCACUCUAUGCGGAUUUAGAGAAAAUAUUGACUUUCCUAUCCGCGAAACUACCAGAAGACCUUAUUCAAGCGCUCUCAGAAGUCAUGAUACCCCAAAUCGUCUCGAGAAUCACUGGUAUCUGGUUGAGUUCUGCAGUUCCGUCGACAUUGAAGGAUAUGGAGGAGUUCGAGGAUGUCCUUUCUGCGACGAGAAGGUUCUGUGAGACAUCCGCAAGGCUCAACUUCAAGGGUUUUGGUGAAUUAGAGGACUGGAUCGACAGCGCUCCCAAGGUAUGGCUGUCUAAAUGCAGGGAGACGGCCCUGGAUGCUGUCAGAGCUCGUCUGGCAAGAGGCCUGGGGCCAUCAACUGAGGUUGAGCGGGUCGAAACACAAAUGGUGUCACUCUCUGAGGGCAAAAAGCUGACAACGAAUGGGACUUCCGCGGCGGCAGCGAACAAUCAGGAUAACCAGGACUGGGAUGCCGCCUGGUCUGAUGAAGAGGACCAAGGCGUAGAAACCAAGACGUCUACUCAGCCAACCGAUUUGAACAAUCCCGAGGAGGUAGAAGACGACGGCGCUGAUGCCUGGGGUGCAUGGGGUGAUGAGAAUGAGCCAGCAGAUGACAAACCCGAAGAGGAAAGUAAAGCGCAGGAGCCCCUCUCCGAACCUCACGCGCAAGAGGAUGACGAUACUGGAGACGCAUGGGGCUGGGGAGACGAGGAGACGACGGAGGAGCCACAAGAAACAGCGACGGCACAACCCGACGUGUCUAGACAUCCUCCAAACGAGACUCGAGAGAUGACGCUCCGCGAAACGUAUCACAUAUCCUCACUACCAGAUCAGGUCUUGACACUGGUCUACGCUAUCCUGGAGGAUGGUGCGGCGUUGACCUCCGCUAGUCACGAGAGCUCGCCCGUCACAGCCGCUGCAGCAGGCCUGUUCAGCUUGCCUACUCUAGCUCUGGCUAUGUACCGAGCUAUAUCAGGGCAUUACUACUCUCCCAGUGACGGCGGAAACAUGUACUUAUACAACGACGCUAUGUAUCUGGCCGAGAGGCUAGGGGACUUCUCGUCAUCGUGGAAGAAGCGAGAAGACCUCAGCACCAGGGCGCAGAACAUGCUCCGACUAGACAAUGAGAUCAAGACGCUCCAGAACUUUGCGAAUCGCACGUACAGCAAAGAGAUGAAUAUUCGAAAGACCAUCAUCAGGGAUCAUCUAGCAGGUUCAUACAACCUCUUCCAGCAGGACGACUCAGACAUGGCCGCCGACGCGGCCAUUUCCCUCGUACGGUCUACAGCAACAGUCUGGGAAAACAUAUUGGCUAGAUCGGCCUGGUAUCAGGCUGUCGGCUCCCUCGUGGACGCCGUGUCUACCAAGAUCAUCGCCGAUGUCAUGGACAUGCCGGCGAUCGGACAGGACGAGGCUUACAAGAUUGCAAACCUCAUCGCCAAGGUCACCGAGCUGGACGAUCUCUUCCUGCCUAGCCACGGCUCGGGGGCCUCAGCUCACGCACCAGAGGAUGAAGUGCCCAUGACGGGUCAAUACGUGCCUACGUGGUUCCGCCUGAAGUUUCUGUCCGAGGUCCUGCAGUCCAACCUGCGCGACGUACGCUUCCUGUGGAUGGAGAGUGACCUAAGUCUCUACUUUACGCUCGACGAGGUGAUCGACCUCAUCAAUCUGAGUUUCGAGGACAAUGCCCGAACAAGGGAGGUCAUCAAGGAAAUUACGCAGCACCCACAGCCGAGACAAUGGUAG